AUGAGUUCCCCCGCACCUUCUGCUGGGUCCGCCGAACACCCGACCCCUGUAAACGGCUGGACGUUCACCCCGAUGGAGCAAGCCUACAUGCGGGAAAAGUUAGAGGGGUACAACGCCUCUAGCGGCAAACAGCGGAGGAGGUUUUUGAGGUCCACUACGCAGUACAUAUGCCAAGAAAACGAAAAGCGGACUGGCGCCAACCUUACGGAAGCAGAGAAGUCCGCUAUAGGAAAGGCAUUGAGGGCCUGGUUCAAGGCCCACGGAAACGCUCGAAAGACAGAGAAGAACCUGUACGGCACCAAGUGGUAUGGGAGGCGGGUGUAUAUGAGGAUCCACAAGGCCAAGGUGCAGGCCUUGGCCGAUGAGAUCGUGAAGGGAGACGGAGAUGUGGAUUUGGACGAGUUCCUCGAAAACUGGGACUCUGAUGAAGCCCGCGAAAGUAAGGAUGGCGGAGGAGAGGGCGGGAAGACUGGAAGGAACGCAAAAACCAAGGGCAAGACUGGCGACAAUAGUGAUUGGUUCUUCAACCACUACCAACAGGCAGGCACCCUCCUCAUCAGCACCUUAACCGAGAAGCAGUUCGCUAAAUAUGAAGUGUUGGCGGACAAAUGGAACGCGGAGGGUCCGCCUCCCGAUGUUCAAGCGAGGAUGGCGGACAAGCACGCUGCAAAGAAGGCUUACAAUUAUUUGAAGCAUGCCAGGAAGGAUUACAACUGUCUUUCCUAUCUGCUGUUGGGUUGGAUGGGGAAGGAUGGGAAGCCAAAGGCGGUGGAGCUGGAUGUUAACGACGAACUUGGAUGGCCCAAGAACUUUAGCGAUGACAACGCCAAACUUCUCCAAACUGUUUUUAAACAGUUCCGCAGCUAUGUCUACGAGGCCUUCGAGACCGGCGAGGACGACGGGAUGGAGGACUCGGGUAAGAAGAAGGGCCAUCGAAAAGCACUCAUGAGGAUGGAGAGGAACGCAUUUGGAGAACCUCUCCUCCCGGAUCCGAGAACCCGCCCAGCCAGAGUGCCGCGAGGGGACUGGUAUUGCCAAGCCAUCCGCACCUUUUUCAUCUACCACUACGCACUUGUGUCGAGGGCCAAAAUAACCGACGAUAGCUGGCCCCGCUUUCCUUGGACUCGAGUUUUGAAGGAGCCCAGACGAUUCUUCUCGGAGGCACACCUUCCCGACGACAUCAUUGAGACCUUAAAGGAGCCUUCUGCCAUGACUGUUCCCCAGAGGGUAGUUGUCUUCAACCAUCUGUAUAACCUCCAAGAACCUGUUCGCAAGGACGAGGCGAGGAAGAACGACAAGUUGUUCGAAAUGAAGGCAUAUAUGGAUCGGUGGGGUAAUAUUCUACCAAGAAAACCCAGAGAGGUGUUCGACAAUGACGGGGAUGAAGGAGACGACGAGGAGGAGCAUCCCCACCCGGCGAAAUCCACCAAGGGGAAGGAGAAGUUCAAGGGCGGGCAGUCAAAAAAAAGUGGCAAGUCCUCAGCAUCCAAGGCGGCGCUAAAAUCAAAGGCGACGGGAGGUUCGCAGCAGCGAGAGCAGCAGGAAUCUAGCCGCCUGGCCACCCCUGUCCGUUUUUCACUGGCAGGUGCAUCAGACUCAGGUGACUCCGAUGAGACGUCGGGGGAAUCUGACUCUCGUGAAGAGGAGUCGUCAGGAUUCGAUGACCCCACAUCUCGCACCUCUUAUCCCCAAAAUGAAGAGCCAUUCGGUCAAGACGAUUUCCAACCUGCCCUUUCGCCCAUUGCGGAAGACCACAAUCCUUCUGAUGAAGCGUCCGCACCAGCCUUGGACUCUGAACACGCUCCAGCCCUUCAAUCGACAAUGCCAGGCUCUGUGGCUGCUUUGGAAUAUACCAAGACCCUUCAAUCGUUCUCCUGGACCUCCUCAGAGGAGUCAGACACCUCGUCGAGCAACAAUAGUCCUGAAAAGCCGGCCUUGUUCUUACCUGACGACAUGGUCCGAGACAAUCCCUUGGAGCAAGCUCCUGAAGAUGAAGACCUUCAAUCGCCGGUUUUGACUAGAGGACGACGCUUAGCGGUCAAAGACGAUCAGGUCUCAGAGGGGGCAGUGUUACCUGAGAAGCGCCGUCGGGGGAACCAGUCUGAGGACCCUGCUCCCAGUCAGAAGCGAGUGCGGACUGCUCCCGCAACCCAGACUCCAACUCGGCGGGUGACUAGAGCACAAUCUCAUACUCCAAGCCGUGGCACGAGAUCGGCCACUGCUCAAGCCAGUCGAAGGUCGGGAGUCCAGUCCACCACGAGACCACCCCAGAUCGCCACCAGAGGUUCUCAGAAGUCCACCAAGAAGGCCAAAUCCCGAGCUCGUAAGUAA